AUGAUUGCUCCCACUGAGACGUUGCUGAAGUAUGACAACCCGGUACUGGUGUCCAAAUACACAGAGAAGAACAUACCGAAGGUGCUGCCGGUAAAGGCAGGUCCCUCACAGACUGCCUUCUCUGCUCCAAGUCCACCUCCGCGCAAACUCAAAAGCCCCACCACUGAUGCCCCUGAACAGCAGACAGAAGAGAUUCUUGAUGCCAUCAUACCGCCGAGGGUAUGGACGGAGAAUAAUAAACUGUGGGUACAGCGUGUGUCCAGCAUGCCAAGCACCCGAGCCGACGUCAUUCACCUGCAAGAGGAACUGGAUCUCAAACUGAGGCAGGAACAGGCCAGAGACACGGGCAUCUGCCCUGCCCGCAGAGAGCUCUACACACAGUGCUUCGACGAGCUGAUUAGACAAAUUACCAUCAACUGUGCUGAGAGAGGAGUGCUGCUUUUAAAAAUAAGAGAUGAGAUCCGCAUGACCCUCGCUGCCCAUCAGACCCUAUACGAGAGUAGUGUGGCCUACGGCCUGAGGAAAGCUCUGCAGGCCGAGAGGGACAAGGAGGACAUGGAUAAAAAGAUUGCAGACUUGGAGAAUGAGACCAGGGAACUGCAGAGACAGGUCGACGACCUGAACUCGCAAUGUGAGGAGAUUGAAAUAAGAGAAAAUGAACGGCGAAUGUUGGAAGAGAAGAAACACACUGAGGAGAUUCAGGCUCUCCAGCAAACCAACAAGAACCUGAAGGACCAGUUGUAUGCCGUUAUUAAAUGA